GGUGGCCAUUCCGAAGAGAACGAUAGCGAUUAAAGCUACAGGGUUUCGUACGUUUGAUAUUUACUAAACAUUAACCAUGCCGCGAGUGUACGUCGGCAGGCUGAGCUAUCAUGUGCGGGAGAAAGAUAUACAGAGGUUUUUCAGCGGGUACGGGAAGCUUUUGGAGAUCGAUCUGAAGAACGGGUAUGGGUUCGUGGAGUUUGAAGACAACCGUGACGCGGAUGAUGCCGUGUACGAGCUGAACGGUAAAGAUCUGUGCGGGGAGCGUGUGAUCGUGGAGCACGCGAGAGGACCGCGGCGAGACCGAGAUGGCUACGGUGGCGGUAGCGGUGGCGGUGGGGGUUAUGGGGGCGGUGGCCGCAGCAGUAGUGGUUAUAGCAGCAGGAGCCGAAGCGGAAGAGACAAAUAUGGACCUCCGGUUCGCACGGAGUACCGUCUGAUAGUGGAGAACCUGUCCAGUCGCUGCAGCUGGCAGGACCUCAAGGACUUCAUGCGUCAAGCUGGAGAGGUGACCUAUGCCGACGCCCACAAAGAACGCACCAAUGAGGGCGUGAUCGAGUUUCGCUCCCACUCUGAUAUGAAGAGAGCUAUUGACAAGUUGGAUGGCACUGAUAUUAACGGAAGAAAAAUACGUCUGGUAGAGGACAAGCCUAGACGCCGGCGCUCCUACUCGGGGAGCAGGUCAAGGUCUCGUAGCAGACGCCGUUCUCGCAGCCGGAGCCGCAGGAGUUCACAAAGCCAUUCCCGCUCCAGAUCUCGGUCAAGGUCCCGCAGCAAGCGCCGCUCCCGUUCCAGAUCCGGCCGUAAGUCCCGCUCCAGCUCUGGGAGGAAAUCUCACUCCAAAUCCCCAUCAAAGUCCCGCUCCAGGAAGUCGAAGUCUCGGUCCCGCUCGCGUACGCAGAAAUCCCGCUCUCGUUCUGACGCGCGCAAAUCCCGCUCCAAGAGUCGCUCCAAAGCGAAGUCAGAGAGAGAUUCCAGAAGCCGCUCCAAGGAGAAGUCCGUCAGUAAGAAGUCCCGAAGCCGCUCUGCUUCACCGAUGGAGAAUGGAAACGGAGACCGGGCCAAAUCCACCUCUCGUUCACCGUCCCCUAAAGAGAGCCGUCGUCAGUCGGAGUCGCCCAGCAAGCGCUCUGCGUCUCGAUCGAAGUCUCGUUCCCGCUCUAGGUCUGCCUCUCAAGACUAGCGUCUCGCUAACUGGAAUAUCUAAUGCACAGCUCAGUGUUUAAUCGAUCAUGCACAGCCUAUGAACAUUCACCAGAUGCUUGAGAAGGCCGAGCCCGGUGUGGUAUUGAUUAACGUGCCGUUUUCAACAUUGCAUGAAAACAAAACUGCGUACCAGAUGUUUUUUUCUCCCCUACAUGAGACGUGUCAAAUAAGAAUUUGUCAUUUGUUGUGCUUGUAAGCAUUGCUCAGGCCAUUGUUUGUAUUCGACUUGCUUUGCUUUGAGACGUCUUUAAAUACUCUUGUGAUAUUUUUGCUUUAGCGUGAGGUUUGAAGAGGCUGUAACGAUGCGUUAUAAACUGGAGUUACUUUUGCAACUGUCCUUUUGUGGUGUAGUCAACGAGAUGUGAUAGUUGAGACGUCGGCUGUGCUUCCUCACUGUAUAGUGAUUCAUUCCUGUCUCUUGCUGAGCUGAUUUUCUUUUUUUUCUUUCUUAUCUCUCUCCUGGAAGCUUUUUGUUUCUGUUAGUGCUUUUGCUCAUCUUGAAUUGUUUUUGUGAAUUUUUGUUUACAGGAAGUUGAAUGCAUCACUUGCAGUGUGAUUUCUGUGAUUCAUUUUUAAAUGGAUUUUUGGAUAUUUUCCAGUGUUUUAGUUAAAUAAACAUUUAAUUGGU